AUUACCACAAGAAUUCAGAAACGACACAGUGAAAUGAUCAUGAGAUAGUUUGAGAUUCGAGACAGGAAAGAAAAAAAAGAGUUGGUGGGAUGUGAAUAUCUAAUAAUGAUCCCUUCGGAAAUGGAAUCAGCUUUCUGUGCGUGGUCGCUUGUUUGAUCUGCAGGGUAAUUACUGUCUUCACAGUUCACAGAUGAAAUUCAGUUUGAAGAUUUAAGGGGUGAGGACAAUGGAUCUCAACUACAGAAAGUGUUGGAACAGUCCAAAGGGUUCAUGGAAGAACACCCUUCUCUUAGCGUACCAAAGCCUUGGUGUGGUAUACGGGGACCUAAGCAUUUCUCCUCUGUAUGUUUACAAGAGCACAUUUGCAGAAGACAUUCAACACUCAGACACUAACGAAGAGAUUUAUGGGGUUCUUUCUUUUGUUUUCUGGACUCUUACUUUAGUCCCUCUCUGCAAGUAUGUCUUUAUUGUGCUCCGAGCAGAUGAUAAUGGAGAGGGUGGUACUUUUGCUCUGUAUUCACUCUUAUGUAGGCAUGCAAAAGUGAGCCUUUUACCCAAUCGGCAAGCUGUUGAUGAAUCACUCUCUACAUAUAAAUUAGAACACACACCAGAAAGUAAAAAUAGUUCAAGGGUGAAACAUAUACUUGAGAAGUACAAGGGCUUGCAUACAGCUGUGCUGAUUCUGGUUCUUCUUGGUACUUGUAUGGUAAUUGGAGAUGGGCUUCUCACCCCUGCCAUUUCAGUUUUUUCAGCAGUAUCAGGCCUUGAAUUAUCCAUGUCUAAGGAGCACCACCAGUAUGCUGUGAUUCCAAUAACUUGCUUCAUAUUAUUGUGCCUAUUUGCUCUUCAACAUUAUGGUACACACCGAGUUGGAUUCUUCUUUGCACCAAUUGUGUUGACGUGGCUGCUAUGCAUCAGUACCCUUGGCUUGUAUAAUAUAUUUCGCUGGAACCCACAUGUUUAUCAAGCUCUUUCCCCAUAUUACAUGUUCAAGUUCUUGAAGAAGACAAGGAUAAGUGGAUGGAUGUCUUUAGGUGGAAUAUUACUGUGCAUAACAGGCUCAGAAGCUAUGUUUGCUGAUCUUGGACACUUCUCAUAUGCGGCCAUUCAGAUUGCUUUCACCUUUCUGGUUUAUCCAGCACUUAUUUUGGCAUACAUGGGCCAGGCUGCUUAUUUAUCACAUCAUCACCACUCCAAGCAUAGUAUCAGUUUUUAUGUCUCAGUUCCUGAAUGCGUAAGGUGGCCAGUUCUUGUUGUAGCUAUUCUUGCUUCAGUUGUUGGAAGCCAAGCAAUCAUCAGUGGAACAUUUUCUAUCAUAAACCAAAGCCAGUCGAUUGGUUGCUUCCCAAGAGUCAAGGUCGUUCACACUUCUGACAAGAUUCAUGGUCAGAUAUAUAUUCCAGAGAUCAAUUGGAUUCUCAUGAUCCUUUGCAUUGCUGUAACAAUUGGAUUUAGAGACACUAAACACAUGGGAAAUGCAUCAGGGCUGGCAGUGAUGACAGUUAUGCUAGUGACCACAUGCCUGACUUCUUUGGUGAUAAUACUUUGUUGGAAUAAGCCCCCUAUUCUAGCUAUUUUGUUCCUUGUCUUUUUUGGCUCCAUUGAAUUGCUGUACUUCUCAGCUUCCCUCACUAAGUUCACUGAAGGAGCCUGGUUCCCAAUCCUUCUUGCCCUUUUCCUCAUGACCAUCAUGUUUGUUUGGCAUUAUGCCACCAUCAAGAAAUACGAAUACGAUCUCCACAACAAGGUUUCUUUGGAAUGGCUUCUAGCCUUGGGCCCAAGCCUUGGAAUUGCCAGAGUUCCUGGAAUUGGUCUAGUCUUCACUGAUCUCACUUCGGGUAUCCCUGCCAACUUCUCCCGCUUUGUCACCAACCUCCCUGCCUUCCAUCGCAUCCUUGUUUUCGUCUGUGUAAAAUCUGUACCAGUCCCCUUCGUUACCCCUGCUGAGAGGUACCUCGUGGGCCGUGUUGGCCCUGCAGCUCAUCGAUCCUACAGGUGCAUCGUCCGAUAUGGAUACCGGGAUGUUCAUCAGGACAUUGACUCCUUUGAGACCGAGCUUGUAGAUAAGCUUGCAGAUUUUAUCAGAUAUGAUUGGUGCCAAGCACACCGGGAUAACUCGUGCAGUGACGAUGAUGUCUUCCGUUCUAACGAGUCAAGUGAGUGUAGGUUGGCCGUGAUUGGAACAGUAGCGUUCUCUGGUGCACCAGCUUAUGAGAUUGAGGAGACUGUUGGGCCAGCUAGUGUCUCUGUUGAUUUCCCAACUGUGGAAAGCAUCACUGAAGUUAUAGAGAUGGAAGCUGUUAAUCAAAAUGAGAGAAGAGUGAGGUUUGCCAUUGAUGAGGAUCCCGAAGCAGAUAAUACCCGGCGAGAGAUCGAAAUGCAGCUGCGAGAAGAGCUGGAAGAACUGUACCAAGCUCAACAAGCUGGGACUGCAUUCAUAUUGGGACAUUCGCAUGUUCAGGCAAAGCAAGGUUCAUCUGUGUUCAAGAAACUAGCCAUUAACUUUGGGUAUAAUUUCCUGAGGAGGAAUUGCCGGGGUCCAGAUGUGGCCCUCAAAGUCCCACCAGUGUCUCUUCUUGAGUUUUGGGUCAAAGCAAUAACAAUGGGACUGAGAGCUCUCCCAGCUUUGACAACCCCAAGAAGCAAUUUUUUCCCAAAUUUAAACGUAACCCAACUCUCAUCUAAGUCCUACAAUGGAGCUCACACCAAGAAGAGCUCGAAAUUCAGUGUCUUAGCGACCAAAAAGGAAGAAGAACCCAAGAAGAGUAAGCAGUCUUUGUUUAGCAGUGUAGCAGAGGCACUUGAUUUUUCUCAAGUUAGGUCAGAACAGGACGCUGCGCUUCUAGAAGAUGCUAGACAAGCUACCAAGUCAGGAGAAAAGAUGAACAGAGAACAGUAUGGAGCUCUCAGAAGGAAAAUUGGAGGAACAUACAAAGAUUUUUUCAAAUCCUACGUUGAAGUGGAUGGGCAAUAUGUGGAAGAAGGGUGGGUGGACAAAACUUGUAAAGUGUGCAAGAAAGAUACAAGGGGUGAGGCAAGACAAGUUGACAAGCUUGGGAGAUAUGUUCAUGUGGCUUGUUUGGAGAAAUCAAAAUCGGGAAACUUUUUCACCAGGCUCUUCUCAAGCUGAGAAGGCCUUAAUUCAUUUUUUCCCGCUUUGAAAUUUUGGUUUGAACCCUAGCUAGCCAAACAUGGUCUAGUAUAGAAAUACAAAGAUUUGGUUUUUGUAUCAUAUAUUUGUCAUUAAUGGUUCAUUUCACGAAAGAUCAACUUCGCAAUACCUUACUUAUUUCUAAUCUGAGCAUUGCAUUGGUAGUUACUUGUAUUAAUGAAGCGUUGUUUGGUACAAAGUAAUGGAAUUUUAGCAAUAAUAAGACUGCAAUCUUUAGCGAAA